AUGCCCUACGAGUACAUGUGCCACCCUGCUCUUGCCCACGACUUCUGGGCCAUCAACUGGGUGGAGGGCUUCAAAAACACCAGGAAGGUGGAGCUUACGAUGCCCAAGAACCCGCUGGUGAGCAGCUUGCCGACGCGCUCCAUUCAGAAGUUUGGUUGGAAGCCGGAUAUGCCGGACCACCGUGACCUCCAUGUCACCUUCCCCAAGGUGGAAGCGCCCACGAAGAUCAAGAAGAGGGCCGAGGGACAGAAGGAGACCGUGGACCUUCGCCCCAUGAACGGUGGCUUCCCCAUCUUCGACCAGGGUCAUCUGGGAAGCUGCACGGCGAACGCCUUGGCAGCCGCCUUCCAUUUCACUCUCCACAAGAUGGAGGUGGAGAACCACAAGGACUUCGCGGACUUCACCCCGAGCCGGCUGUUCAUCUACUACAACGAGCGCCUGGUUGAGGGUAGCGUCAACCAGGAUGCUGGAGCGAUGAUCCGCGACGGCAUCAAGACGAUGUCCAAGGUCGGCGUGUGCCCCGAGAGUGUGUGGAAGUACGACGACGGCCCGAGCUUCUUCAAGCAGGAGCCCAACCAGCAGGCAUACGAGAUCGCGCAGAAGUGCAGGGUCAUGGGCUAUGCCCGCGUUGCACAGGACCUGAGCCAGAUGAAGAUGUGCAUCAAGAGCGGCUACCCCUUCGUCUUCGGCUUUGCCGUCCUGUCAAGCUUCCAGACAGCGGAGGUUGCCAGGACCGGCAAGAUGGUGAUGCCCCAGGCGAACGACCAGCAGCUGGGCGGCCAUGCCGUGUGCGCCGUGGGCUACGACGAUUUCCAGCAGUGCUUCAUUGUCCGCAACUCCUGGGGCGAGGGGUGGGGCGACAAGGGCUACUUCUACAUGCCUUACGAGUACAUCUGCCACCCCUCCCUCGCCUCCGACUUCUGGGCCAUCAACUGGGUGGAGGGCUUCAAGAAUGCAUCCACGAAGCCGGCCAAGAAGUGA